AUGAAGAAGGUUAAAGGGGAAAACUUCUAUAGAAAUGCGAAACAGGCUGCCAGGGUCAAGAUGCUGAACGGCGGAAAACCCGUUCGAGACCGGGACGGCAAGAUCAUACAGGCUGCCGCAUUUCAGAAAGGGGAGGACGAAACAACCCCUGGGCGAGUUCAACCAGAUCGGAGAUGGUUUGGUAAUACUAGGGUCAUCUCACAAACGGCCUUGGACCACUUUCGUACAGGCUUGGGCAACAAGAAGCAUGAUCCUUACUCUGUGCUCCUGCGCCGUAACAAACUGCCUAUGGCACUAUUAGACGACGCCGCGAAUCCCAAUUUGCGCAAGCGUUCACACAUUGUCGAGACCGAGCCAUUUGGCGAAACAUUCGGCCCAAAGGCUCAGCGCAAGAAGGCUCGCAUAGAAGUUGGUACCUUCGAGGAACUGGGAAAGCUCGGAGCAGCGGCAGCGGAGGAGGCUGAACUCAGAGGAGACACCAUCGUCGGACCUUCAAGCUCUGCCAUGCCGAAACCGGAUGCACCCACCCAUGCGGACAUCAUAGAGCCCAUUUAUGCCAAGGGAACCUCGCGCCGCAUUUACGGCGAGCUUUACAAAGUCAUCGAUUCCUCUGACGUGGUACUGCAUAUCCUCGACGCUCGCGAUCCUUUGGGCACAAUGUGCGAGUCCGUCCUCGAAUACAUCCGCAAGGAAAAGGCGCACAAGCAAGUCGUACUUGUUAUCAACAAGUGUGAUCUCGUUCCGGGGUGGGUGACGCAGCGUUAUAUUCAACAUCUGACGCCUCGCUACCCAACACUCGCAUUUCACGCCUCCCCGAACCACGCGUUUGGUAAAGGAGCCCUUAUUCAACUCCUCCGACAAUUUUCCCAGCUCCACUCCGACAAGAAACAAAUUUCAGUCGGUUUCGUCGGUUAUCCCAACGUAGGAAAGAGCAGCGUGAUCAAUACCCUGAAGAGCGGCAAGGUGUGCAACGUGGCUCCUGUUCCGGGGGAGACUAAGGUCUGGCAAUACAUCACCCUCACGCGUAAGAUAUACCUCAUAGACUGCCCGGGAAUCGUUCCUACUUCCGCUCACGACUCGCAAACGGCCACCGUGCUCAAGGGCGUCGUUCGCGUUGAAGCGCUUGCCACCCCCUCAGAACAUAUUCCGUCGCUAUUAGAGCGAGUCAAGCCGAUAUAUCUCGCACGCACGUAUGGUGUUCCACUCCCCGAUGAGCAAAAGCCAAGCAAGACUUGGGAUGCCGAGGUCCUCUUGGACAAGCUGGCGCGGAUGAAGGGUCGCCUACUAAAAGGCGGCGAGCCCGAUAUGGAUGGCGUCGCGAAGAUUAUUCUGAGUGAUUGGGUUCGUGGACGGAUACCGUUCUUUGUCCCGCCCCCGGAGCGCACGGAGGAGCUAAAUCUUCGAGAGGCAAAAGAAAAAGCCAAGGCUACUCGCAAAUCCCUCCCUCGCGAGAAUAACAAGGCGGUGACGGAGGACGAGAAGACUAUCGUCGGUCCAAAGCAAAAUCUUGGCAGUAUCAUCCAGAAGAAUGUGUUCAUCCCUGAGGAUGUUCGGCCUAUCGAGCAGGAUGCCCAAGUCACUGUGGACUCUGGGGACGAGGAAGCAAACGCUGGGGAAAGGAGCACCGACGAUGCAAGUGAAGAGGAUGAUGAGGAAGAGCUUGAUGAUGAGGAAGAUGAAUUUACUGGUUUGUCGUGGGGCGAUGUGUUCCCCGAAAGUAAAGAUGAGGGAGAUGCUUCGUUUGAGCCGUCUUCGUCUGGCGAAGGCGAGUUAGCGGCUAUUGAAGAAGCGUCAACCUCGGUGUCUCAACAAAAUAUCAAAAAUCCGCGCAUGAAAACGAACAAGCGAAAAGCGAGCAACUUCUACACCGAUGCAAACAUCAAAAACAAAAACCGCGAGAAGGCGAAGACGAUGAGGUCGCUGCAGACGAAGCGGAAAACCGGAAGAUAG